AUGGUCGCCAUUUGUACAAUUUGCGCGUGCAUUUUCGUGUGACGGUUUACCUUAUGUAGGUAUAUUUUACUUAUCUGACAACAAAUAUAAAUUGCUUGAAAAUGAGUUCAACAAUAGAUCCAGCAAAACUAAAAGUAGUGGAGCUUCGUUCUGAACUAACCGCUCGAGGUUUAGAUACGAAAGGAAAUAAGGCGGUUUUAGUGAAGCGUUUGAAAGAUGCCUUGGAGAAGGAAUUACAACAAGAAAUCCCAGAUACUUCAAUAAUAGACACAUCAACUGAAGAGCUUAAUACUUCUCAGGAAAGCAUACCUGAAGCUGAUAAUUCCCAAAAUGAUGAACCAGCAAAAAAAGAAGAAGAAGAAGAAGAACUCUCUAUACCUGAGGAUGUUGAAAUGAGGGAAGAGGCAGAAUCAAAAGUAGAAGAACCUGAAAUAUCCAAAUCUAAUAAAGAAGAAGAAAAGAAUCAGAAACAACUUACAGAAAAUGGUGAAAGUUCUGCCGAUGUUGAAGUAUCCAAAGAUGCUGUAGAAGAAUCAAAAGAACCGGAAACAACAAAGACAAGGGAAUCAGAAAAGGAAAAGGAGCCAAGAGGAGAAAAAAGAGCUAGAAGCCCAUCACCUGGUAAUGCACCCCCCAAACGGACUCGGUCUCCCGUGAAGGAAGACGAGCCCCAGAUAGAUAACGAUAAAGUGCAACUUAGCUGGUAUGAUUGCGAUCUUCAUCUCAACAUUGAUAAGCAAUCGUUUUUAUCAGCCAAACCUUAUCACGAAGGUGCAUUCGGAUAUGCGUGGGCGGGAGCUAGAACGACUCACGGUAUCAGCUCCGGAAAGGCCCGUUAUGAAGUAAAAAUUACAGAAAGUUUAAAGUGGGAAGAAAUAAUAAAACCAUUGACAAAAAGGGAACUUAAAAAGAGAUCCCAUAAAAGUUCUAGCAGAAAAGAUGACCAUAGAAAAGGCGAAAGCAAAAAAGGAGAGGACACCAAGAAAGAAUCAAGCGAUGAAAAAAAUGAAGUGAAAAACGGGAAUCAAGAACCUGCGGAAGAAAAGAAAAUGGAAGUUGACGAAGAAAAACCCGAUGAAACAGACAACAAGCAAGAAGAAAAUAAACACGUUGAGCAGAAACAAAAGGCAGAAGAUAAAGAGGAAGAAAAUAAAGAUGUAAAGCAGAAAGGAAAGGCAGAAGACAAAGAGGAAGAAAAUAAAGAUGUAAAGCAGAAAGAAAAGGCAGAAGACAAAGAGGAAGAAAAUAAAGAUGUAAAGCAGAAAGAAAAGGCAGAAGAUAAAGAGGAACAAAAUAAAGAUGUAAAGCAGAAAGAAAAGGCAGAAGAUAAAGAGGAAGAUGAAGUUAUCGAACCUCUUGUCACACAUUUGAUUAGGGUUGGUUGGUCUGUGGCAGACACUGGCCUACAACUUGGGGAAAAUAAAAAUUCUUUUGCCUACGAAUCGUCGGGAAAAUUUGUCGUUGGUGGAAAAUUUACAGAUUUUGGGACUCAGGCAGCUGUCGGUGAUGUUAUUGGGGCAUACAUUGAUAUUACUACUGAAUCUGUCACAUUUUCUUUCACCGUAAAUGGCCAAUUACAACCUACGACGGAAACGAUAUCCAGAUCUGAACUUCCUGAAGAAAAUUUUGCUCUUUUCCCUCACGUUUUAUCUAAAAAUUAUACAUUCGAAAUCAACCUUGGUACAAAUGAAGAACCAUGGUAUCCCAAUCCUAGCGAGUUAGAAGAUUACAAAUUUAUUCACGAAGUCGAAGACAAAGUAUCUGGACCUGUUAGGCCGGAAAAAAGAGAAGAGUGUGAAGUAGUUAUGAUGUGUGGACUGCCAGCGUCUGGCAAAACUUACUGGGCCAAGCAAUGGAUUUCUGACAAUGCCGAUAAAAAGUACACUUUGAUUGGGAAUUCACACUUGUUGGAACGUAUGACAAUAAACGGAAAACCGUUGAAAAAUCGAUAUCAAGGGAGGUGGAAUACGGUUAUGGAUAAAAUAAAUAGAUGCGUGAACACCCUUGUGAAAGCCGCCAGCGUGAGAAGACGCAACUACAUUCUAGACCAGACGAAUAUACUGCCAUCUGCCCAACGAGACAAAAUGCGACUAUUUGAGGGUUUCAAGAGGCGAGCUGUUAUUGUAGUUGUCACCGACGAAGAGCAGGCGAAAAGGGAAGCCCAGCAAGAAGCGCAAGGUGGUAAAGACCUACCCGAACUAGCCGUUUUAGAAAUGAAAGCCAUGAUGGGUUUACCGAGAAACUGCGACUGGUUGAACGAGGUCAAAUACGCUGAGCUAAAGGAAGAAGAAGCUCGUGCCAUGGUUCAAAAGUACAAUAAACAAGGUAAAGAUGCAGGUUUCAAGCCAUUUCCCGACAGAAAGGAUAACAGAUAUCCUCUUAACAAGUGGGAUCACAAUUCCUCUAGACGUUUCCAAGGUGGUUACAACAGACAUCACAACUACAACAGAGGAAGUUGGAAUAAUAGAAGACCACCCAGUGGUAGUUGGAACCAAGAUGUAAGAAAUCGCGGACCAGCAGUAAGAGACUGGGGGCGUCAACAAAAUAGAGGACCCAGGGAUAACAGAAGCACUAAUUACAAUCGUAAUCAAAGAAGUAGUUCUGGUGGAGGGUCUUGGCAAGGAAGUGGAGGAGGAGGCAGUUGGCAAGGGCAAGGACAAGGUAGUAACUGGAAUAAUUCAAGCAACCAGGGUUGGAGUGGAAGUUCCAAUUGGAGCGGACAAGGCCAAUGGAAGAGCGGCAGUUAUGGGAGUCAGGGAAGUUAUGGUCAAGACUACGGACAAGGUUACAGUAACUAUUCCAACUGGGACUACUAUCGCCCAGGAGGGUAUGAUCAAGGAUGGAGCUCGCAGCAGAGUUCGUCCCAGUAUCCGGCGUCAGGAUAUGGUGACAAUUAUGGUCAAUACCAGAGUAAUUCAUGGUCCCAAGGAGGCGGAAAGUACAACAGAAAAUAGUAUAAUAGCGGUAAAUUCGCGAAAAAAUAACAAUGACACUCUCGUACCUUGUUAUGUAAAGUUUCCACAAUCAAGAACAAUUUCAUUGGGCAGUAGUGAAGAUGAGACGGCUUUCUUGUAUUAUAAAUGAUAAUUCUUUUUUUUUAUAUAAUAAUAAUUACUAUUAUAUCCCUUAUCGCGUCAUUGUGAUGGAAAAAGAUUUAUUAGUUUAUGUACAUUAAACGAACAGAAACACAUUAUCUAAUAUAACGUAGACGUAGCAAUUAUAAUGUUACACAAGUAUAUGUACAAACGUUUUUUUUUUAAUCUCAUUACAAUGUCCACUAUUUGCUAUAAAAUGGAUGCUUUAGCUCAAAUUCCAUCAUUAUUUUUUCUUACAAUUUACAGAAGAUUAAAAAUAUUAUUUCAGAACAUUUAUGUAAGCGGUUGUUUGUCGAAGAAUUUUUGGCCACUUCUGCAUUUUUCAAUUUUAUAAGGUGCCUUUUUCGAAAAAGAAGUUCAAUUAAAACACAAAUUUGUUCUUUGAUAAACAAUCCACGGCUUAUUUUACUCCUUCAGUAUUUGCAUUUACGUGACGUGAAAGUUCAUAACUGACUUGUAUAACGAUUAACGGAAAGUCUAAACUUUUAUUUACUAUUUGAAAUAUAUUAUUUUGGUCUGAUGAAAAUGCACUUUCAAUUUAUUAUUAAUUUUUGAAAUAGUGGUAAUUUUGCGUAGGUAUUUACAUGAGAAUUAUUUUUUUAAACAACACCUAAAGUUACGUCUAUACUUAUACUAAUAUAAAAAAAUAAGAUCUUACAAAAGUAAAAGUUCCAGUUGUUUCGUGAAAGUACGAUCUAAAAAAUCUUUAUUUUGAGAAAUUAAUACCACUAACAUCGUGUCAUUUAGUUGAUUAUUCAACUUUAAUUUUCUAAUAUCUAUUAUAGUUAUAGUUUAUAAGUUAACAUCAAUUGAUUAUUUAGUAAAAAUAGAUGUGUUACUUUAAUAUAUAGCUAUAUAUUAUUGUCUAAAUUUAAUUUGUAAUAUAGUGAUAUUAUUGUAAAAUAAGAAGUUCCAAUUAAAAGAAAAUAAUUUAUCGUGUUUAGCAGUUAGUACCAAGAUUAUUUUAAUUUUUGUUUUUCUUUUCUAUUUUUCCUGUGAGACGUAUUUAAUUAUAUUUUACAACUGUCCGUAGUUCAAUCGUAAAUAAACCAAAUUUUUAAUACA